CCUUCCGCAGCACCUGGUCUCGGCCGAGCGAGCAGAGCCGGGCUGCCUGGCCGGGCGAGGACAGCGGCAGCCUCCCGCUGAGCUUGUUGCCGCCUCCGCCUUGUGCUCCGUGAUUCGCGACCCCAGACCCCCCGACUCUUUGGCUCGACCCGCGCGCCCUAGGCCCAGCCCGGGCGGCGCGACGGGAGGAUGAGCGGCGGGCGGCGGAAGGAGGAGCCGCCUCAGCCGCAGCUGGCCAACGGGGCCCUCAAAGUCUCUGUCUGGAGCAAGGUGCUGCGGAGCGACGCGGCCUGGGAGGACAAGGAUGAAUUUUUAGAUGUGAUCUACUGGUUCCGACAGAUCAUUGCUGUGGUCCUAGGUGUCAUUUGGGGAAUAUUGCCGUUGCGAGGUUUUUUGGGAAUAGCAGGAUUCUGCCUGAUCAAUGCAGGAGUCUUGUAUCUCUACUUCAGCAAUUAUCUACAGAUAGAUGAGGAAGAGUAUGGUGGCACAUGGGAGCUCACAAAAGAGGGAUUUAUGACAUCGUUUGCCUUGUUCAUGGUCAUUUGGAUCAUCUUUUACACUGCCAUCCAUUAUGACUGAUGGUGUACGGCCCCCACCUGCUCCCUGUCCAGUCCAAAGGACCCUCUUAGUUACAGCACAGAAACAUGAUUGUAGGGGCACCCCAACCACGUGGAGCUUGAAGACCCAUGUUUCCUGGACCGAGAAUCUGUGUGUUGGGGAUCAUUGUUUUCUGCAAGGGUCGUGACCUGAAAUUUUUUAGAGAACCAUCCACCUUUUGAGGAAAGCAUUUCUGAAUUAUCCGUCACCAACCUUUUCUUCUUGGAUACCAUCAAGAUACCAUCAUGACACACCCUUUUGCUGGUUGGAGCUGUCCUUUAAUUUGAUGCACCUCUGGAUCCGGAUGAAACAUUAAAUUGUCUUCCUCAUUUCUCCAUCAGGUGUACAGUUUUUAAACUAUCAGUGGCAUUUCAAGUCUUCUAAAAACAGUAUGGCAGUAUGUGCGUGGUCCAUGGCACAGUACAAGCAGCAUCUAUAAGUUUCCAUUGUAGAAUGUUUUCAGAUAUUUGAAUAAAUCAAAUCUUUAAUUGAGAA